AUGACAAUAUCCAACACCUCCCAACCGCUGUUCGACGCCACGACCGCGUCCAACACCACCAGCACCACGCCCGAGACUCUCGCCAUGGCCGCGCUCAGCAAGCUCCUACAGCUCACCCCGACGGGCCCGCCGGGCUGGGGCACAAUGUUCAAGUUCUUCUUCGUGCUCAUGGCGCUCAUCAACAUCAAGAACAUCCCCCUGACGUGGCACUUCCGCUUCUACCGCUCCCUCUUCCACCACCUCCUCCGCCGCCGCUCCCUGCACCCCACCACCUCGCACCUCUUCUCCCCCAUCUCCUCCACCUCCCGCUCCCCGCUCUACGAGUGCGACCUCAACCUGCACAAGUCCAACAGCACCUACUUCUCCGACCUCGACAUCGCGCGCACGCACCUCAUCUGCCACCUCAUCAAGCGGUCCCUGCGCACGCGGCGCUCGCUCUACGUGGCCCUCGCCGGCGUCUCCUGCCUCUUCCGCCGCGAGAUCAAGCCGUUCGAGAAGUACGAGAUUGUCUCGCGCCUGCUCGGCUGGGACGGCAAGUGGGUGUGGGUCGUGAGCCACUUUGUCAGCAUCAGGAAGGACAAGGACGGCAGCAGGAAGAUCUUUGCGAGCGCGCUGUCAAAGUACGUCUUCAAGAUGGGCCGCAUCACCGUGAAGCCCGAGGAGAUCUUCACCGAGUGCCAGCUGCUGCCGCCGCGGCCCGUCGAGGCGGCCGUAUCAACAACAUCGGGAGCACUAGUCGCGAAUGGAAACGGAAGCGGAAACGGCGAGAUCAAGAAGCUGGCGAACGGGGCCGCCGCGCACAAGAGCGAGAAGGAGGUGCUGGCGCAGCUGGACGCGGCGACGGCGACGGCCGAGACGCAUCCGGACGCGUACUGGACGUGGGAGCGGAUUGAGGCCGAGCGGGCGCGGGGGUGCGAGAUUGCAAAGUCGAUGCUGGGGCUUGACCAGCUGGAGGGCGAGAUCCGGAGCGGGGAUGAGGAGGGGCUGACGAAAGUUGGGAGGUUCUACUAG